CUGGCUGCAAAGAAUCAGCUCCGAUAUCUGGGGGUUGAAGGAGAGCCAAUGGCUUGGGGCGGGCGUGGCAGCGGCCUCAUCCACUACCUCCUACAUCCCUCCCAUUAAAUAUCUCCUCGCAUAUCACUGGUGGCGCCACUAGACUUCCCUCCUACCUUAUCCUAUCAAAAACUCUCCUCUGUAAUGGCUUCUGCCUCCGCGUUCCAACGCUCCGCUUUCGCUGGUCAGACUGCGCUGAAGCGGCAGAAUGAGCUCGUCCAGAAGGUUGGCGUCUUCGAAGGCCGGAUCUCGAUGCGCCGCACCGUAAAGAGUGCUCCCCAGAGCAUGUGGUAUGGACCGGACCGACCCAAAUACUUGGGUCCGUUCUCAGAGCAAACACCUUCGUACCUGACAGGGGAGUUCCCAGGGGACUACGGGUGGGACACGGCGGGGCUGUCCGCCGAUCCGGAGACAUUCGCCAAGAAUCGAGAGUUGGAGGUGAUUCACUGUCGAUGGGCCAUGCUGGGCGCCCUGGGCUGCGUAUUUCCUGAAAUCCUAGCCAAGAAUGGCGUCAAGUUCGGUGAGGCCGUUUGGUUCAAGGCCGGGGCCCAGAUCUUUUCUGAGGGUGGCCUUGACUACCUUGGCAACCCCAACCUCAUUCAUGCUCAGAGCAUCCUCGCCAUCUGGGCCUGCCAGGUCGUCCUCAUGGGCUUUGUCGAGGGCUACCGUGUCGGGGGCGGCCCAUUGGGCCAAGGCCUCGACGCCAUCUACCCUGGCGGCGCCUUCGACCCCCUCGGCCUGGCCGAUGACCCUGAAGCAUUUGCUGAGCUCAAGGUGAAGGAGAUCAAGAACGGCCGCCUCGCCAUGUUCUCUAUGUUCGGCUUUUUUGUGCAGGCCAUCGUCACCGGUAAGGGCCCCAUAGAAAACCUCUUCGACCAUCUUGCAGACCCGGCUGCCAACAAUGCUUGGGCCUACGCCACCAACUUCGUUCCUGGCAAGUGAUUCACUAAUGAAAUAAGAUGCUUGCUACCACUCUUCUGCUACUCCCUUCUAUUUUAGACUCUACUAGUGGUGUGACAACGAGUCAAAUAUAUAUAUUUAUAUAUCUGUAUCUAUGUAUAUUAACCACUGAGGUUCGCUCUGCUUGCUGUAAUUCAAUCUUUGUAGCAGUUGCUUGCUCUCUUGAGUGUGAGUUUUAUGCGCAAAGACGGAAAAAAAAUAAAGAAAGAAAGACUUGGUUUGCUA